UUCAUGUGAGUUUCACAGGGUCUUGUGCCAAAGCAGAAAUUUUGUAGAAGUUUUAUUCAAUUGUGGGUUACAAUCGUUGAUUUGUUAAACUUUCUGUAAAUGCUGCAGACUUGCGUCAUCCAUUGAAAGUAUAGCAUAUUCCGUUGGGUACGGACAAGUAGCCAACAUGUCAUCAUCAGAAACUUUCAAAACACCUGUACCAGCUAACCUACUACCCGAAUGCUGGAAUCAAGACGAAAGAAUGAAAUCCUUGUAUGCUCCAUUCCGAAAUCGAGCUGUCAAUCCCGAGGAUUGGAACUCCAAGUACAAGUUCUGGAACCAGUUUAUCAAAACGUGGUCAAACUACUAUGCCUGUUGUAGUUUCACUUUGACAGAUUUGAAUACUAAUUUCAAGAGAAAUGGGUGCAGUGCACUCUGUUUGUCCACAGUUUUGCAGGAGCUGUACAGAAACGGGGAAGUGAUCUUGGAGUCGGAUUUUUUGAAAGAGCCGAGCAAUUCAUGGGCUGGCUGGACUGUUGACAUGCUUGUGAGGAAACCAAUAUCAUGGUCUUUCUCUAAAUUAGUAAACUACAUGACCGAACCCGUCAUUGAUCCAGGGACCAAGUACGUUCACCUUGCAACUGUUAAGGAACUGGCAGAAGUAGUGCUGUCGACAAUUGACAACAAAAAGGAAAAUACACUCCAGCCGCUGUCAGAGCUGCUGAAAAAUUGUCGAGAAAAAAGUGGUAAUAACAAAAUCACAGAGAACAACCUCAAGCUGGCUCUCAUUUGGCUGAGAAACACAAAAAGAGCUACGUUUCGAGAUUGCCAGGAUGAUGACAAAAAUGAAAUGCUUGUCAAGAUUGCCCAUAAAAAUGUAGAACAAAUAACAGAUAUCGACGAAGGUAUACACAAACUACAUCAACAGGAACUUAUGCUCAUAAAAAAUGUCGAACAAUUGGAAAGGGAAAGAAAUGAGGUUAUUGAAAAGGCAAAAUCAUCAUUGGCUGGUGGACUGAAACAGGUGGCUAAAAGUUUCUUGCGGAAGAAGCACGAGCUUGACAAGUGUCUUGAGAAAAGAAGCAAUGCUUUGCACAACGUUCAGAGGCUUCUCGUGAGAAUCAAUGAUGCCAGGUAUGAUACUGACACUCUGGCUGCUUACAAGGCUGGAUGCAACGCUCUGAAGAAGUUUGAAGAUACCGGCUUGACUGAAGAUAAUGUUGUUGACACCAUGGAUAAUAUGGCAGAGGUUCUCGACGAAUUGAAAGAAGUGCAGAGUGUCAUGGCUCAACCCAUCAGUACUACUUCAGAAUCCGAUUCAGAGUUGGAAAAAGAAUUAGCCGACAUAUUGGCUUUAGACGACAACAACGACUUCGAAAAGAGUUUUGAUAAAACGUUCGACUCUGCACAAUUACCAAAUUUGUCGGCUUUAGGUUUACAAGAUGUAUCUUUGCCGAAAAAUACAUUCACAAAAGAACUGCAUCCGUCACAAACGUAAUUCAUUGGGGAUUGAGGAAAAACAUCGUCAAGCGAAUCUUAACGAUACGAAAAAAGCACACCCAAGAAUCCACCAUCAAAUGAUCUCGUUGGCAGGCCUCAUCACGUUGCGACACAAGCACACU